AUGACUGAUGGCGAGAAGGUUGACAGUGGGCAAAACUAUGAGGCUGUCGGGGAACAGCACCCAAAUUCGAAAGACCUCAACAUGGACUUGGCCACCACGACAGAUGAGCGCGUGCUGGCGGAGAAACAUUCAUUUGAAGGGUCUAUGGAAACUGAGGUGCCUUCAACUUUUGUGGACAAGCAUGGCAUGAAGAUUCAGGCACCUUCACACGGCAGUUUUGCCAAUGCCCCAGUCAACAUGACGUCUGACAAGAACUUGGUUGCGCCGAACUUGGCAAAGAAGUUGGCAAAGAAUGCGGCCAUGUUGGGCCUUAUGCUACUUGGACCUGUUCUUGGACUUUUUGGACAGAUCCAAGACCGACCUGAUUUCCUGGAGAUUGCGUGCUCUGCAAACUCGUCCUUGUCACAUGAGAUGGCAAGCAUGGGCUACAACAUCAAGCGCGCCAACUACCUUGAGGGCUACGACCUCUCCAGUUCUCGAGGCACGAAGAUGCUUCAGCAUGAAAUAGCUCUCCAUCCACCACGUUUUGGUUGGGUCAGUUUGCCUUGCACCCGACUCACCUCAUUGGUCAAUUUGACCCCCAGAUCGGAAGCUGAAUGGGCAAACUUUCAGAAGAGACAACGUCAAGAUCUCAAGCGAGCUUCGGAAGUGGCAGAUGGAUGUGAACCAAUCUUGCGUGAUGGAGGAGAUAUAGCGUGGGAGUGGCCGGCUUCAGCAUCAACAGGUUGGAAGUCAUUUGCCAUCUCACGUUUGCUGAAGCUGUUCAAGAAGCACAACAGGGUUGCAUACUGGUGUCGUUUUGAUGGUUGCACCUAUGGACUGAAGUAUCAAAACCUACCAGUGAGAAAGGGUUGGUUGAUCCUCACCACAUGCAAGAGCUUGUGGUUGAGCCUACAUCAUAGAUGUCCUGGCCACCAACAGCACUGCGAGUGUAGAGGGCCAGUUGCGCAAUUUUCUGCAUAUUACCCUGCCAAGAUGGUCACUGCGGUUGUCAAAGCCAUUGUAGGCCAUUGGCAAGCCCCUGAGGAGGAACGCAACAUCAGCAUUGCGGAUGACGUCAACAACUACUUGCUGGACAUCAAGGACGCUGAUGUGAAUAACGAGGAGGGGAACAAACCGAUGCGAACAUCGGCCAGCUUUUGCCUGAAGUUCCUGAUUUGCAUCCCCUUACAACAGCGCUACGAGACCACCGACAGCAGCAGCUCUGAUGAAGCUGACGAGCUGAUCCCAGAUGGACCUGCCACCAAGAAGGCCCGAAACAUUGGCACCGAAAGCCAGUACUAUGUCCUGGAGAUUCCCUUGGAAGAGGCGGAGUUGGACUAUCUUUCUGAGCAUCCCAAGCGAGGCCCGGACCAGGUCACCAAAACAGAGUUUAUGGCCCUCACAGUGGCACUGGUGUCGCCAACCAUUCCUGCGUUGUUUGUUUGUUUUCACCACGCCAUAUUUGGAAAUUCGGAUUGGCACUCAG